GUUGGAGCCCCAUCGUGUGUCACAUGUGUUGAACUUCAUCACCAGGAUGGAACAACUCACUUGGUAUUUGCCCAAGGGGAAGGGCCAAUUUUGAGGCUCACUGGUGUCAAUGCAACUGCAGCUCGCCACGGCAUGAAACGAGUUCAGCUUCUGAAGAAUCUGCCAAAUAAAUCGCCAGUGGCUGCAAAAAUGUCAGCUUUCCGGAAUGCUAAAGAAACCAACAUCACCAUUAACAGAUAUCACAUUGAAGCCGUGGAAACGACGAACUUGUGGAAGAUUUUCAAACUGCCCUCAGAAUUCUCCAAGAAGCAUCAUAUGAUCCAAUACAAUCCCGUGAUUCAAGAAGGUAACGAAGAAUUCGUUCACCAUAUGGAGUACAAUCAGAAAAUACCCGACUAUCUUGGGCCAUGCGCUGCUGAUGAUAGGCCUCCAGAAAUCAAUGUCUGCAGGAAAGUUGUGGCUGCGUGGGCAUUGGGAGCAGAGCAUUUCGUUUAUCCUGAGGAUGUCGGACUGGAAAUCAGAGGAGAAGAUUUCAACUCGUUCCUCAUGUUGGAAGUUUAUUACAAUAACCCGGAUUUAUUAUCCAGCGAGUUUUUGCUUUGUUUAUUAACUCCAGAUUUUGUUGUCAGUUCCGAGAUGCAGCUUCAUUACAAUUCCAACAUUCGCCGCUUCGACGCAGGAAUUCUGGAAGUCGGGCUGGAAUACACGCCUAAAACGGGUCUUCCUCACGGAAUGCGUGACGUUUUUGUGCGCGGUCAUUGCAUCGCUGAAUGCACAGCGAUUGGUUUGCCGAAGGACGGGGUGACGAUAUUCGCGUCGCAGCUGCACACCCACUUCACCGGGGUUCGCGUGUGGACCACACACUCCAGGAACGGGGUUCAGCUACCAGAUAUAAACCGGGAUAAUCAUUAUCCCACUCAUUACCAGGAGAUUCGCUUCUUGAAGCAUCCUGUGCAUGUUUCGCCCGUGAGUCGAAGACUCAUCUUGAGUAUACUCAGGAGACGCAAUGGUGACUGUGUAUGCCAGGACAGGACGAUAUCGAGGCAAAAUAUCACACUCGGUGGAUUCGCCAUCAGUGACGAAAUGUGCGUCAACUACAUGCACUAUUACCCGAAAUCGAAUCUCGAAGUUUGCAAGUCGUCCAUCGAUUCGGAUGUUCUCGACGAAUGCUUCGCCUACAUGACU